AUGUCUGGGGUUUGGGUAUUCAAGAACGGUGUGGUGAGGCUAGUGGAAAACCCUGGGUCUGAUAAGAAUGAUCCGAAGGGGAAGCUGAAGGUGCUGGUUCACACUCCAACCAAUGAACCCAUUACUUCCUACGCAGUGCUGGAGAAAAUGCUGAAGGCACAAGGAUGGGAGCGUUUCUAUGAUGACCCUAACUAUCUUCAGUUCCACAAACGCUCCUCCAUAAACCUAAUCUCCCUCCCAAAGGAUUUCACCAAGUUCACGCCCACUAACAUGUAUGACAUAGUCGUCAACAACAAGAACUUCUUCCACGUUAAGUAA